GUCACCUUCACCUCUCUAUAAAAGGCGACCACAGCUCUCACAUUCUUCUCGCUCCUCAACAGAGAAAAAAGAAGUGAAACAAAUAAUAGUAAUUGUGAAAUAAUUUAUUUAUAGAAAAAAAAAGAUGGAUUCUGAGCAAAAAGGGAGCGGUUAUGGGGGAUUUGAGAGUGGUACGAGGAUUGCUAACAGGAGAAGUAUGAGCGGCUGCGGCGUCGUUUUGAGGUUCCUUUCCCUCGCGAUGUCCCUCGCCGCCGCCGUGGUUCUCGGCGUCAACAAGGAGACCAAGAUGGUGUCGGUCACUUUGGUCCCCACGCUGCCGCCGAUCAACAUUCCGGCCACCGCCAAAUGGAACUACUUGUCGGCCUUUACGUAUUUAGUGGUGGCAAACUCAAUAGCAUGUGGCUAUGCAGCCAUUUCAUUGGCUCUAACCCUAGCAAAUAGAGAUGGUACUAAAAAGUGGAUCACAACAUUGAUCGCCAUAUUUGACCUAAUAAUGGUGGCCCUCCUAUUCUCCGCCAUCGGGGCCGCUGGUGCCAUCGGCCUCAUGGGCUACCAUGGAAACUCGCACGUGCGAUGGGAGAAGGUGUGCAAUGUGUUCGACAAAUUCUGUUCCCAGACCGCGGCCUCCUUGGGCCUUUCAGCUGCGGCCGCGGUGGCAUUCUUCUUAUUGGUGGUGCUUGCCACCUACAACCUCCACAAGAGACACUAGAUAAUUGGAGAGUUGAAUGCUUAUCCAUAGUAAAUUCAAGUUUUUGUAAAAUAAGGAAUUUUUUUUAAUGAGGCUGUGUUGAUGUUUUGCUUUGGUUAUAAGCAUUAUUUUCAGGAUUAUAAUGAUCUUGAUUGUUGUCUA